AUGUUCGCAUUCCUUCCACCGGCAAAAGUCGCCCGGACGCAGCGUUCACCGCUGAGCAGCCUGGAGACAGAGAGAGAUUUAAGUGAGCUAACGGCGCCUGCAGUGGCGGCAGCAAACCCCUUCGUGUCGAUGGGAGCUGAGCGUGUGCGCCCCAAUUCUAUUGCCGAGGCGGAGAUUUCAGUGGGUGAAGUUAUGGUCCGUCCAUCGGUUUUUCUCUCAGGCAUUGGAGCCCAUAGCUGCUGGAUCGUGGAUGAGAAUACGCGCCUUCUUCGUGUGUGGAACAUGAACAAGCCCUUUUGGCUGCGAACCGCCCCUCGCAUGGCACAGAUUCCUACCUUCACUGAAAGUGAGGGGCUGCCGCUCUUUGUCACUGAGCUCGGCCCUGACGAGGAGUCAUUGGCGUUUUGCACCGAUUACGGCGCCGUCUCUAGCCUUGACCACUCCGUCGAGUUUCAGUUCCACAGCGAUGAGGGCAACCUCACCGUCUCUGCCUUUGCGUGCCGUCGGGAGGGAGAGUCGAUGCUGACGGCUGUGGGCACCGUCUCCGGGCUUGUGCUCAUCGCCGUCAGGGCCGAAGGCGAACGCGUCGUCGUUGGGUUUGAUCGCACGGAAUCUACAGAGCCGGUGCGCACAGCCCCGUUCUCAUCUUCGCUGGGGAGUUGGUGGCGCUCGUGGCUUCCAGGGAAUUCCUCGUUGCGGGACAACAGUUGUAAUAAAAGCCGAAGCAGCUGUAGCAGCGGCGGCGGUGAUGGCAUCGUCGACACCGUUGGCCGCGAAUUCACGCUUCUGCGCUUCCGUUCGACCCAGGCAAACCAGCUGUGGGCGGUCAACGCUGCAUCUGAAGUCUUUCUCUUGGAUUUUGGCUCCCUUCGGCGUCGAGGACGCAAGGGAGAGACGGAGGUUCGCGUCAAAUGGGCCACAAACCUAUCCAGAGUGCUGCAGCGCAAGGGACGCGUGGUGGCCUGUGAUGAGACGGCCUCUGAGCUUUGUUGCCUGGUGUAUUUGCUGCCAGGGGACGGGCGUGGGGCGGAUUUGGAGGUUGUCACAAUGGAUGCCUCUAGUGGAAGGGUACGACAAACGCUGGGUAUGCAAUCCAUCGGAUCCCUUGUCAGAAGUGUCGCAGAAUCCCCGUUGCAUCACACAAGAAUUUGCCUUGACGAAAGACAACACAUGGUUACAGUGCUUUCAGGUCAUUAUUGUGUUCGGCUUAAUAACCGGGUGGGUGUUCGUCAUCCAUGUUCUAGUGAGGAUGUGCACGUGCUGCGAGGAAUCGAGCGGCCUCUUGGCAGCUCGUUGUUGCCGGAUGGUAGAAUUGUCACGUUAGACAUCAAUGGACCCCUGGAGUCUGUCGUGUGUGCCGAUGAGGCGAUUGUAGAGGCUGCUGCUCAGAGUUCUCAGCAGGAGCAGUACCAAGACGCGUGGCGCAGGUCGCACUUUACGGGAAAACGUGAGGGUCUGUCAGAUAUGGUGCGUCACGUGGAUGGCAUUUUGCAUACGCUGCGCAUUGACGCCAAGAUGUCGCUGGACUCCGCAGUACUGGAGGCUAGCGAGGGCAUCUGUUCACAUCAGGCACCGCACGAGGGGAAUUGGGCGCGUGCCGACCUUGACGUGGAGGAGGAUGGCAUGGUCAUGUACGUGACGCAGAACCUCGUCCGGCGCCAGCAGGAGCACCGCCGUUUCCUUCUUACUGUGCUCCUUCACAGUGAAAUUGGCCCUUGUCUCCAGCCAGAGACAACUGCACGACUUCUCUCUGCGCAGGAGGCUUUGCUUGCCAUGGUGGCGAUUCGACGUCUACAGAAUGACAGCUCCUAUCCUCUAUCCAGCAUCGCCGCCGCCGCCACCACCACCAGCAGCAGCACCAACGGCAGCAGUGACGUGGAGUUUGAUCUUGUGACGCCGCUUUAUCGCCAGGCCACCACUGGAAUGCGGCAGGCGGACGCGGAUUACUCUGUGGAAGAGUACUUGCGUCUGGCCCGCAGCUCCAUUGAACGGGAACGAUGUCAGCAGCUGCUGCGUGAGGCGAUUGUUCAAGUCGCCAAUCGUGUUCGCGGCGAGAGCGGUGCCACGCAGCCUUGGAACGCGCAGGCCACGGCGGCGGAAAUCGUCUUUGGGGAGCCAAGUCGUCUCAGUGCGCUUUUGCAGGUGUUGGGGGAGCAACACUGCGAGACCCAGCGCAGCGUACUUGUGGGUCAGCGCACAAAGUUUGACAGGGCAAUGGCGUUGGCGAGUAUUUUUGUGCUCGUUGAACGCGCCGUUAACGAGUCACGCGAGGAUAUGGCCUCCCUCUACAGCGUGCCGCACAACGUCCGUCUGAUGCUGUGGACGAGCUCGGAGUUGGAGCACUAUGGCAUUCAGCUUCAGAUCGCGAGCGCGUGCACCAGCCUGUCCGACACCUUAGCCGAAGUCACCGCUGCAGGCAGUAACGCGGCCACGGCACCGCGUCCCGCAUCUGACAAUGCACCGCCGUCCCUGUGGGGUGUCCCUGCAGCGGACCAGCUGCGCUUGUUAGAGCUUAUUGCGUUAAACAUUCACUUCUCUUUCCAGAACCAUUCGCAGGGAAGCUCCUCCUUCUACGCCGAGGCGAUACGGCGGACUUUGUUUCGCGAACCUUUUUUGCGUGAGCCACUGGGGUACCCAUUCGGUGCUCCACGUCCCUCGGCAGAUGCGACGAUUGGGACCGCCGUACUACGUCUCUGCGAGGAGCUGGCGUUGGAAUUCACUGUGGGGGACAUACUUGUGGCUAUUUGCCUCGCCAAACCCGUGGAGGAUCCCCAGCAGGAGCCGGAAUCGUAUAGGCUGCUUGGUGCCUUUUGUCAGCGCAAUCCGUACAUGUUUGACAUCGCCCUUCACACCCUGUUAUCGCAGCGUCGGGAGUGGGAGUUGCAGCUGUUGCCAGAGCUGCUGCCGGAGUACGCCUCCGGGACCCUCGCGCGUGACGCAUUUCUCAUGCGGGAUGCGCCGCAGCUGGCGUGGCUGGUGAAACCCGCCGCCUUCGAGGCACUUGUGGCGGAGGGGGUGCAGUCGCCCUUGUACCUUGCGUACGGCGAUGACCUCGUCACGCACCGCUCGCGCUCUCUGUCAAUGGCCAAGCUGGCCUGGGUCGCUGCGGGCGCCCCGACGUCGAGCGCCUACUACGCAAUGCGGCUAGACGAAGAAAUUGUUGCGGCGCAGAAGAUGUGUUUGUUGCCGGAAACGAAAAACAUGGAUCUGGGCCCCGCUGAACUCGUUCAGCAUCUACUGAAGCAGUCGUCACCGGAUGCCUGGGUGUCGGCCGCAAAGGUUGCCUGUUUGCUGAAGGAGGAGCUGCGGGAGGACCUGCUGACGCAGAUUAUGCGGCGCGCGAAGCUGCAGGAUGGGGACGCACUGAGCCACAUCAUCCGCGACGCCGCAAGCGAACUGGACGUGGCCCGCGCGCUGGAGGCAACCUCCAUUGGCCGCAUUCUAACCACUGCUGCCGCGGCGCAGUGCACGGCCGUUUUGGCGCGCGCCUGGGUGAGCGUCCUCGACGACGCGGAGCAGCGGCUACUCUCUGCGUGGGUGCAGAUGCGAACGGCGGGGCUGGUGUCGUGA